AUGGCUUCCAACACCGAAGAAUCAGCGAAAGUUUCUCUCUUGAGUGUCGACGAACUAGGUUCAAUCCUCAAGUUGGUUACCGACCCAGAUGACAGAAAAUCGUUCUCCCAGGUCUGCAAGCAAUGGUCCAAAGUCGAGGGUCUAAACCGAUCAUCACUCCGUCUUCUCCAAUCCGAUCUUCUCCGCCGUGUACUACCCAGAUGCCCAAAUUUGAUCACUUUCCAAACCCAGGAGCCCCUCUCCGACGCCGACCUCGAAUUCUUAGCCCAAACAUGUCCCAGACUCCAAGUCAUCAACCUCAGUAUUUGUGACAAUGAAUCCAAGGUUCAAGAUUUGGUGUCUGAUGGUGUUUGCGCUCUGGCAAAUCAGUGUCCGAAUAUAACAAGGCUUUUGCUUAGAAGAAGACUGAAGGCAGGAGUUGCUUCGGUGAUCAAGUUAUUACCGAACUUGACGCAUUUGGAUUUAGGAUUAUGUCAUAAGGUUGAGGACAACGACAUUGAAGCAAUUGGGUCGGCGGCGAGUUCGAUUGCCUAUUUGAAUUUGGAAUCUUGUGUUUGUAUCACUGAUCGCGGUUUGGGGUUUCUGUCACAUGCGUUAUUUUCGAAAACAUUGAAGACAUUGGUGCUUGCUAAGUGUAGUAAGAUCACUGAUUCAGGGGUUUCGGUUUUGCAGAACAUGUGUUGCUUGGAGCAUCUGAAUUUGGCUAACCAUGGAGCGAAAAUCACUGAUGUAGGAGGUCUGGCAAUAUCGGAAAUCAAAACUCUGAAGAAACUGAACUUGUCUGGGCUGAUGUCCCUGACAGACCAAACCGUAGUUGCUCUUGCGCAAAAUUGCCUCAACUUGGAGGUGCUUGAUUUGAGUGACUGUCAGAGGGUGACGAGAGCUGGUCUUCGUGCAUUUUCGAGUCACACAUGCUUAAAUUCUCUUGUGUUGCACUAUUGUUUUAAGUUUUUUGGGUCUGAUUUGGAACACUUGGUGCUGGAGUGUCCGACAUUGAAGUGUAUUGUGGUGGAUGAAUAUGUGGGACGUCAGAUAUUGCCGGAAAUGCAAGAGAGCACUAGAAGAUGUGUGAGGUACAAGUUUAUUUGUGAUUGGUCUUUCAAAGACCUUGAGAAUUUAAGAUAA